UGAUCUCUUUCAAGUUUUUCCGACCGUACAUCAAUAUUUCAUUCAGUAGACCUACUUACACACAACAUUCUGUUCUAGCAUUGUUACGCAAGAAAUCCAAAUUCUUAGUUUCCUCUCUUCAUAAAAAAUAAGAAACGCCUACAGAAUCAUUUCUAACCCCCCCCACGCCCACACGCACAUAAGAAGAAAAAAUGGAAUCAGCUUUGAACCAGACCUCGUCCCGCCUCCUGGCCGCCACCUACCGCGUGCCUGGGCAGUUUCGCGACGAGGUUUUAAAGUUCUACAGUGAGUCGCUCGGUAUGGUCGCGAAGACAACGGCGACCUUUCCGAACGGCCAAACGAUCGACAAUCUGUAUUUCCGGAACUCGCCCCAUUCCGCGCAGCUCAACUUCCGGUUUUUGCCCCCCGGGAAGCAGGUCGUCGCCCAGAAUAAGGAUCGUAGCCAGCAGCAAGUGAACUUCCAGCGGCCCCUGUACUGGAAGAUCGGGCUGGCGGUAGACGACGUCGAUGACUGUUUGAGGACCGGUAUCCUGAGUAAAAGCGUCCCCAUCCCAGAGUCAAGAUGGGGAUUUCGCAACACAAACCUAGAGGCUUUGGCUGUUUUGCAUGACAAAUUUGGACUCGUAGUGUAGUGCUGUUUGAGGCAGUGGCGACGCAUCACAAAUCGACUACCUUUGCGUGAUUCCAGCAUCACAAACUUCCAGAUAGCAUUAGAAAAUGGCUUUACUGUGUCUGCGCAUGAGAAACAUUUUAGGCAUGCCACUUUGCAUGACAAGUGUGGGGUCGUGGGGACGUUUUUGCAAACAAUAAUCGGUUUGGGCAAGAAAAACGCGAAGGGCGAGCAGUUUUUGAACGUCGGCUACUUGGAGCACAUCGCGGAUCCGGUCGGCUUUCCGAUUGAGCUACUCCAAACGAGUUUCGAAGGGAACACUGCCACGAAAAAGAAACGGAUCGAGAAAGCGGAAGAGAAGCUGCAGUCGAGCGGACUUCGUGCGCGGAACCCGUUAACGCGCAUGCUGGACCCGGUGAUCGGGCAAGUCACCACCCGGACGAAAGAUGCGAAUUUGUGUGUGAAGUUUUACACGGAGGUGCUGGGCAUGACCUUAUUGGAGAAACAGGAAGUUUCGCCGUACAACUUCGACCUGUAUUUCUUUGCCUAUUUGACGGAGGAAAUGAAGCAAAAAGUUCCGGACUUUAGCAAAAUUGGUACUAUGGAGAGCAAAAUCCAAGCGCAAAGAGAGUGGUUGUACCAGUUACCCGUUACAACGUUGGAAAUCCAGCACAUGCGGAAUAUGGACCGAAACGCACCCGUGCUCGCCGGCCCGGAUGAUUUGAGCCCGGAGAAGCCCGCUUUUGAAUCCAUCUCCAUCGGCGUCUCCCCCGCGCAGUUUCGCAAGAUCUCGACUUCGCCCACGUUCGACCCGGUGUUGCGCUGCGUUCGGGAUCCGGACGGCUUGGUGGUGCAAUUGACAAUUCUGGAGUCCAAGAUGGGCAGUGGGCACGGGGUUGUUUCGCACGGGGUGCACGCGCACGCGGUGGCGAUGACUACGAUGGAGGUGGACGAGGAGGAAAGGAAGAAUAAGGCAAAAGCUGCUGGAGGGACCACCACCAAGCCGCCCCGACUGACGCGCACGAAUUCCGGCGGCGGGGGUUCAUCUGCUCUCGCCCGCUCGAACUCUGGUUCGCCGGCUUCUAUCAAGCCUUCGAAUACUACUAGUGGUUUUUCGCCGAAAGUUCGCCCCUCCGCCGCGGCGGCCAUGAUGUCGACGAGUGCAACUGCAGGUAACUCAUCAUCAAACCUUAUCCCCGGCCCGUCUUCGGAAAACAAAAAGCUUCUGGACAAGUCCAACGGGCGGCAGACGUGGUCGGAAGUGCAGCGGGUGGACAUCGAGCCGCUGAAAUCUGUGCCGAAGGGGUCGCCGCGGCCGCAUUACACUCAGGCGAACAAGUUUGCGGAGAAAUUCGAUAAGGAGCUGUCGCAUCCGACGCUGAAGUUGAUCCAGUUCCCGUGUCUAAGUGACAACUACGGGUACUUGUUGUAUGUUCCAGAGCAAGAACCUACUUCGGGCAGCACCAUCAACAGCCCAAAUAGUCGCCGCUUGAGCCAGACCAGCCAGGCCGCGCGCGUGAUCGCCAUCGACUUGCCGCAGGGGCACGGCCUGGAGUACUGCCAGCGCGCAAAGGAGGAAUUUGGCUCCGUCAUCACAGACGUGCUCAUCACCCACUGGCACUGGGAUCACCUGGGCGCGUGGAACGAGAUUGCGGCGGACAACUUCAAAGCGAACAAUAACCACCGGCCGCGGAUGUACGCGUCGCGGAUCGAGCUGCCGAAUUUGAAAAAAUUCGCGGAAGAGUCGGACUUCUCCGAGCUCUGCAAGCACGGUAUGACAGUGCACAACCCCCCCCCAGCCCCUCAUUUGUCAUGCAAAAUACCCAAUCCACCCUUUUUUGCCUCUUGGCACUGUUUGCAUGACAAGUUCUGGCAGCCCAAAUGGCACUACACUCCAUAUGCUAAUUUGUCAUGCGCAACCGGCAUUCUUGCUGAUGCUUGUAUUGCCGGUCAUGCUAUACAAAUGAGGGGGAGGGGGAGUUGUGCACUGUCAUACACGGGGAACACUUGAACCUCGGGCCGCUGGACUUCGAGAUUAUCCACGUUCCGGGGCAUACGUUAGGGCAGAUCGGGUUCUUUUUGAAAUCCUACGGGAUCGUGUUCACCGGUGACAUCGUCUUUCCGAUGGGCUGCGGCAGGCUCUUUGAGGGCGACGCAGCGGACUGCUACAGGUACUUUUACUACGUCUGCGGUGAACUUGCGUGUAUCGUUGUACACAGAUGUUCAUCUUACUUCUUGUUGCUACAUUUAGUCAACAUCUCCCACAUCAUAAUUCUCACUUGGCUAGAGGUCAAGAACAUCCUCUGUGCAAUUGCGGUUUGUGGUGUUGUGUCGGCUUGCUACGCCAGCAGUUAGCGUUGCGGUUGCCGGCGGGGGAGCUUUCAAAAAAUUGAAAAUAUUUAUAGAAACAAUAUACCGCAGGGCCCUGAAGCAGCGGCUGAUGGACCAUAUUCCGAAAUCCACGCUGAUCUAUUGUGCCCACGAGUACGCCACGGACGGGUGUCAGUUCGCUCUCGCGCUGGUGGAGAAGUCGGACCAGAGCCGGCAAGCAGUGAUCGACCGGUGCAAGAAAAUCGUGGACUUGCGCAAGGACAAAAUCCCCACAGUCCCCUUCACCGCGGAGGUAUCCAAGAAAAAAACUGUGUUAGUGUAACUUUCUUGGAGGAAUAGCAUCACAAAUUUGCUUCACAUGACAGAGAGAGCCUGUCAUGCGCGGCUAGUACGUGAAAACACGCACGAAAAGAGCUUCUGAUGCAUGUCCAGCAUGACAAGUGUAACUAUUUUGCAUUUUCUGCAUCACAGACUUACACUUACACAGUUUUUUUCUUGCAUAGGAGGAGGAGUUAUUGACGUCGCCUUUUCUCCGCGUGCAGCAGUUUUCGAAAAAGUUAGGGGAGUCCAAGGAAGAGGAAAUUUUCCGGCAGUUAAGGUCCGUCCGCAACGAUUUCAAGUGCAGUAAACCGUGGAAGAUGGCAGACUUUGAAAAAACGUUGCAAAGCGGGGAAAGGUGGAGUGACGGGGAGAGUAGUCCGAAAAGGCUGAAGCUGCCUACGGCUAAGCACUGAAGGUGAAAACGAUGAAAGAGUGGGUGAGAUUUCUUUGUUUCCAGGAAGAUGCACAGAUGAACAAAAGUUCUCGUAGUUCCCGGCGGAAUCGACGAGCUACUACAUUUUCGGAGAUGUUGCAGUUUUUGAUGUUCUUAAGGACCCGCGAAAAUAAAGACCUCCAUUGUGCGGUUUUCUGUUUCGGCGGAAAGAGUAGAAACGUCCAUGUCGCCUUGGGGGUGUGCGAGGCGAAUGAUAAUGAAGAUCAACAAGACGUCGUGUAUAAUAAUCUCCCGGGAAAAGUUUCGAGCAGCAGCAGUCAUGAUACGGCGGGAACGACCGUGAAAUGUGUUGCUGACACACGGAUUUUGUUCCUGAUAGUACAACGUACGAAUAAAAAAAACAAGCUCAUAUAUUGCUGCAGGGAAUUUUUUUUUUCAAAUUUCGAGAACCUUCUGGUUCUGGCAUGAUAUUCUUUAGAUUUUUAGCGUUCCAGCACCACAUUUGUAUGAUUUUAGAAAACUUCUUCUUUUUUCCACACUCGAGUGGUAGAAUCCAAAACGCGCGAGAGAAUCCAGUCUCUUCUCCAUUUUGGUCGCGACGAGAGUCUGGAAACUGGUGAGAAUGAUGAAUACACGCCAAAAAA